AAUCUUAUAUGAGUUUAACAGUUUCAGCGACUGACAGACUCCAAGCAGCGAUUAAGAAGACGUCGGCGGCCAAUUAACUAGCAUCGCCUCCAGAAAAGAGCGGUGAACACUUGAAGUCAAGCAAUUUAUCGCCCACGUAAUCCUUCAAUUUCACGCUCAAUUCUCGGGUCACGGAUAUCUUCGCCGCAAACGAGAGGUCGAAUGGAAAUGGAGAGUGAAAGAGAUGGGGUUGAUGGUGUUUAUGAAGAAUGCUAUCCUAGUUGGAACAAGCAUCUACUCCCUAUCCUUGAGUCCUUAUUCCCACAACCUUCAAAGGUGGAAAUACUGGUUCCAGCCUGUGGGGAAUCAGAAAUGUCGUUGAAGCUCUAUGAUGCUGGAUACGAGCAUAUAACUAACAUCGAUUCCUCUCGAGAUGUCAUCAGAAAGAUGUUGAAACUUCAUGUCAAUCAACCUACUCUGUUGUGGAGGGUAGGUGACAUAACUGACAAGCUUGGUAGUAAGCCCUAUUAUGAUGUUGUGAUUGACAAGGGGGCUUUGGAUGGCUUAACUUCAUCAGAGGAUUCAUACCUCAAUAAGGUGAAAAAUGCUUUAAAAUUGGGAGGAAAAUUCAUCUCCUUAACGCAUUUUAAUAGAAGAGCCAAAGCCUUGCUUUUAGAGGUUUUCUCUAUGGGAUUCAGAACAACUUUUCAUGAUUUGCCAGAAGACAAUCCUGCAACAAUGAUGGUUACUGAGAGAGUCAACUUCUUGCUGCCAUAUCUGUUAUCAAUACAUGAUGAUAAACAAGUGCAGGCCACAAAUCCACUUCUGUAUCAAGCUAUUUCUAAUGAGAAUGCAAAAAGACAACGUGUUUUAGAUGAGAUGUCGUUAUCGGUUGCUGAAAUAGAAUCCGGUGUAAUGGGUGAUCCGAAUGUUAUUUCAAUCGGUCGCUCAUUUAUGGUUGAUUGGACUGGAGAAGCCGGCUUGAAGUACGAGGUUCUCGUUCUUGAUGUCAAACCACCGCGACAUUGUUUUUCAUGGGACAUCUUUUUUGUUCCGAAGUUGACAUCAAGGCUAUUGGAUCUUAGUGAGCCUGAGAGGUUGAUGAUAUGUAGUCAUGCGCAAGCUUCUCGUGUAUAUGUGGUCUUGUUACCGAAGUGUGUAGAACUUCUCCCUACCAAUGAACUUUUGCGUAAUUUUGACAUGCUUUUCUCGAAGCUAGCUCCUCAAGGUAGUGAAGAUACUGUUAGUUAUUUAAAACUAGGUGCACGAAAAUCUCAGAACAUGAAUUACUAUCUGUUUUGGAGGAAGAGGACAUACUUGAAGAAGUUAGUUCCAAAUAAAUUGAGAUUAGUUCAUGAACAACUCCUACUUCUGUUGAUCUUCCUAUAUAUCAAGGUGAUUUCAUGCUUUUUUUCAGUCUCGCCAUAAACAUAUGCAAUGAGAAAAACUGAUUUAAGGAAUGCUAAGUCUGUUGGAGGCAUUGAGUUGCUUCACAAGGAUUGCUCUAUCGGAAAUUUCACGCAGAUGGUUGCCACCAAGCACGAGUCAGAACAGGAAUGUGUCGACCAUCAUUAGAGGCGUAACAACAUGGAGAAUAACUUUCUAACUCACUAUCAUUUUGGUUGGUAGUAUGAUGUCAAUUAGAAACAUUGCAGUGGUACAACAUCUUUGUAGGGUACUAUUGGUCUACCAGAGUUGGUGUUGUUGAAGUGCUUCAUCCUGCACCUUCUGUUAGAUAACAUGCUCUGUGGACUUAGGUCUGCUACUGGAAAUGAAAUCCUUGGCUCUGAUUGGUCUAAAAUUUCAAAUUCCAUGUGGGUUGCUAUUUUAGAUUUAAAUUUUAAUCCCAUGUGAAGUUGCUUAUGUGAAAACAACCAAUGGGAGCCCAUGAUAUGUUAAUAUUUGGUACCCUGGAGGUAUAUGUAGCAGCUUCCAAGAAAAAAGAUGUAUCGCUUACCCUUUUGAGGCACUUCUGGUAAACGAUUAGAUCUGGUAGCUUACAGUGUCUGUCUGGGCGCGUGGUCGUAUUACAACGCAUAUGGUAGCCUCAGUAUGUAGAUCUGGCACUCUGGCAGUACAUUUAUACACUCAAAAUCCACUUUAGAAGCUAA